UUAGAUUUACAGGAACAUCAUGGUGCGUGCAUCUGUGCCAGUAAAUCCGGAAAAAGCCUCUAAAACUAAAGUCCGUGCUGCGAAAAGAAGUAAGAAAGCAUGGAGGAAGACUGAUUCAAGCGAUGUUGAUGCAUUCCUCGAAGAUAAAAGAUUGGAAGAGAGAUUAGGAAAACCCUUUUCAGAACGAACUGAUGAUGAAUUGUUCCAAGUCGAUACUGCCCCAGCCAAAAAGUCAGUGCCCUUAUCAGUCGCUGAAAAGAAGAGGAAAGCAUUUCUACCUCCUAAGUGUUUUGAGAUUUUAGAGCCAGACUCUGCAGUUUCAGAUCCUAUUACCAAAAGAAAUCGAGUUAGGACCAAAGCAGAGCGACAAGACCGAAUUGCCAAAAGCAAAGAAGAGCAGAGGAAAAAGUUAGGUUUACGCAAGAGGAAAGAAAUUGACUCAAUCAAACAAAAGCGAGCUCAUCGGUGGCAAAAGAAGAAAGAAGCGAGGAAGGAUCUUUUUAAAGUAAACCCAUGGAUAGAUGAAAAUGACUUAUUUAAUGGCAACGGGAAGUGGCUUGAGACUGACACCAAGCGACAUAAUCUUACAAAAACUGGAAAAGUUCUGGAAACUGUGAAAACACCCGCCAGCGUCCAAGUAAAACCAAGCAUUUUGCCACCACUCCCUAAACCACACCCAGGAACUUCUUAUAACCCAACUCUAGAGGACCACAACCGGCUUUUGCAGAGCGUAGCAGAAAAGGAAAUGAGGAAAACUAAAAAAGAGAUUGAAUUGGCUCGUGAAGUCAGUAAAUACCGCAUUAUGGAGCCUAAACAGAUUGAAGAAGAAUGGAUGGAUGAAAUGAUGCAGGGGUUGGACAACAAUGAAAACAAUGAAGAUGAAAGUAGCAGUAAUGAGAGUUCUGAGUUGCGUUCUGUUAAUAAGCCAGUAACCCGUGAUAGAAAGAAAAAGGCAAGCCAGCGCCAGCGUAAGAAGGAACAUGAAAGGAAGCAAAGGGAAACCCGGAAAAAGAAAUUGGAAAAAAGGCGAUUGGCCGAUCUUGACAGGGUAAAAUCAUAUUCCAAACUGAUUGAUCAAGCUUUAGAGAUUGAGCAAGCCAAGCAAGUGAAACUUCAGAAGCGCAAAGCUAUCCGAGACAAGGUCCUCACAAAACGGCUCAGUAAGAAUAAAUUUGUGGCACCAGCCCCUGUAUUCAGUCAGAGAGAGGAUAUUACUGGGAAUUUGCGGACUAUCACUCCUGUGGGCAAUAUUGCUGCCCAGGUACUUUCCAAUCUGCAAAAACGCAACAUGAUUGAAGUAACACAGAGACAGCUGAAGUCAAAGAAAGCGAAGAAAAAGAAUACAAAAACAUUCAAGAAAAGAUCACAUGUCCUCCCAACAAAAUAAUUUUGAUAGCUGUGAUAAUCUAUUGUUUAUGUAUGAUAAUACACUAUUUUUAUGCCCCUUAUUUAAA